UCAAUGACUAAUCAGUAGCGUAUACAUACUGUUUAUUUAUGCGUUAUGUACGCUGUUCGUCCGAACGAACGUAUUCAUUGACCAAGUAUUUCGUAUAAACAAUUAUUGCCGAGCAUUUUUUUUAAAAGUUAAGAAUGGCCUAUCAAGGAGGAUACCCAGGACAGCAGUAUGGUGGAUACGGUCAGCCACAGGGUGGUUAUCCAGGACAAGCUCCGGGUGGCUAUGGAGGAUACGCUCCACCUCAACAACCAGGAGUGAGUCCUGAAAUUCAAAACAUAUUUCGCAAUGUGGAUAAGGACGCGUCAGGAAGAAUAAAUGGAAAAGAACUUCAAGCUGCCCUAAUCAAUGGCCGAGGAGACCAUUUUUCUGAUACUGCGUGUAGUUUGAUGAUCGGUAUGUUUGAUCGUGAUCGCAGUGGAACUAUUGAUAUUUAUGAAUUCGACAAAUUGUAUGCUUACAUAAAUCAAUGGCUUCAGACAUUCAAAACCUACGAUCGUGAUGCAUCUGGGCACAUCGAGGAAGGAGAGCUGGCACAAGCUUUAUCACAAAUGGGAUUCCGAUUUUCGCCUCAAUUCAUUCAGUUCUUGAUAGCAAAAAAUGACCCUGCUCAACGCAAGGAAAUCUCUGUCGAUCAAUUCAUUGUAACGUGCGUUCAAAUUCAACGUUUUACCGAAGCAUUUCGAGCUAGAGAUACCGAACAAAAGGGUGUUAUAACUAUCGGAUUUGAAGAUUUCCUUAACAUUGCACUGACGAUAUCAACGUAAAAUGGACAAAUUAUCAAGAGGCUUUUGCUUGUAUAAUCUACUAUAAUUAUUAAGUUUGGAACCGGAUAUUAGCAACUGGCAGUCGCUGUCAGGAAAGCGCUAAGAUUCUUGCAUUUCACUAUAACUUGAUUGAAUGAUAAUCAAUAAAUACUAAAAAAUACUAUUUUCUCAAACUACAA